AUGGAUUUACAAACGCUAAAUGAUACAUUUGGGAUUUGGGCAUGCCUUCAGCUUCAGAACAGCUCGGUGCUGAACGGGACCUUAAACGGGAGUCUGGAGAUUCCCAACGGCACCUGCGGAGACGCGCUUUUGCUGCCCAAGACAGAACCGGCGCGACCCAAAGAAAUGGAUUCGCUGCGCAUACUGCUAUACUCUCUCAUAUUCCUACUGAGUGUGUUUGGUAACCUGCUCAUCAUUGUGGUUUUGGUGGUGAAUAAGCGAAUGCGGACGGUGACCAACUCAUUCCUGCUCUCCCUGGCCAUUAGUGAUCUCAUGAUGGCUGUUUUCUGUAUGCCCUUCACUCUUAUUCCCAACCUGCUGGAGGAUUUCAUCUUUGGAGCUGCCAUGUGCAAGAUUGUGGCCUAUCUUAUGGAACAGAACAACUUCUUUGCACUGGAUAUCCUGCUGGCAUAUGGGACCCAAGGAAAGUGCAUCCUGUUGCUAUUUGUUCUCUUCUUCAUUCCUGGAGUGGUGAUGAUCAUCGCUUAUGGGCUCAUUUCUCGAGAACUCUUCCGUGGAAUACAGUUUGAAAUGGAGCAGAAGAAGGGACAGAGUGGAAUGAAAAAUGGUAUCAGCGCCACUGUCUUAUAUAGCAGUGAUGAUGGAGAUGGCUGCUACAUCCAAGUGUCCAAGAGGCCCAACUCAAUGGAGAUGUCAGCCAUCACCCCAACGAGCUCCGCAAAGGUGGACCGACCUCGCAUCAACACGUCCGAGGCUAAACUAAUGGCCAAGAAGCGAGUGAUCCGUAUGCUCAUUGUCAUUGUGGCUAUGUUCUUCAUUUGCUGGAUGCCCCUGUACUCCGUCAACACCUGGAAAGCGUUUGACCUUCCCUCGGCCCACAGGGCUCUUUCUGGAGCCCCCAUCUCAUUCAUCCACCUGCUGUCCUACACAUCCGCCUGCGUCAACCCAAUCAUCUACUGCUUUAUGAACAAGCGCUUUCGAAAGGUGCUUCUCACCACCUUCUCCUGCUGCUGCUGGCCCUGCCACAGAAAAGGCUUCAGGGAAGGUGACGAUGAGGUUACUGCCACCGGAGCGUCCAUGUCUAAGUUCAACUACAGCACUGUCAGCACAAUGGGACCAUGCUGA